AAAAAGAAGCAAAAUAUCAAAGCAGUGUUUGUAUGGGCCAAGUUGACGGUGACCAGACGUUGUUUUGAAGGUAUCGUCUCUUCUAGAGAGUGCUAGAAUAUACUACACUUAUAUAUAUAUAUCUACAGAUAUUUCCGUCCGAUGUAUCAUGAGGAAACUCAGAGGCAAUGGAGUGUAGAUUCUGUGUUUUGAACGACACUGAGGACCUCCAGACGUGUGUUUCCAACAGUGCAAACAAUCUUCACUUUGAAAGGUCUAAGACUCUGUUUGAGGAAAUUCGUGCCUCCAUCAACAAUAAUGACGAGGAGGACCGCUCCUUCUGGAGGCCUGUGCUCCCUUGGGGUGGCGUCUUCACCAUAAAGGCAGGACGGAAGGCGAUAUCAUGCACCCCUCUGUACGUCCAAAUAAGCCUGAAAAACACCUGCACUAUUGAUGGCUUCCUCAUGAUCCUGUAUGUGAUUCUACGGGACAACCAAGGCUUUCCGAAGGAGCUGGCUGUCUUCCUAGGAAAACAGUUUGUGGAGUAUUUCCUCUAUCUGAUGGACUCCUGUGACUACACCACAGUGAAGAUGCUGUGGAUCUGGGACAGGAUGUCCAAAAGACAGUACCGCUCUGGAAUCAACCAGGCAGCACUGGAGAUUGACCUGUUUGGCAAUGAACAUGAGAACUUCACAGAGAACCUGGAGAACCUGAUGUCCACCAUACAGGAGAGCCUGUGCACCAACUGGAACUGCCCAGCCCGUGUCCAGCAAAGUGUCAAGACCACGAUCAACAUCAGUCCUCCUCAUGAGCUGCCUCAUAGAGACCCCAUUCAGUCGGCUGUGGAUAAGUUUUUCUGUCCCAAACUUCUACUUUGCACAGAACUUGGAUGUGAUGGCCUUAGAGAGUUCUCACAGAGGGUUUUCUGCCAUGGACCCCCACCCUUUGUCAUUCUCAACAUGCAGCAGUGGAAGUCAGAGGAGCUGUCGUAUGUCCCUUACCACCUGGCUCUCUGCCAGCACAAGUAUUUACUGGAGGGUGCCACACUCUUCAACAAAGAUGAGCAUCAUUACUCUGCAGUGUUCCAGAUAGACGGGUGCUGGAUGCACUAUGACGGUCUGAGAAGCGACAAUCUGAUCCUGCUACAUAAGCCACCAGAGCUUCUACUGUUGUCCUCCCUGGUCUACAUCCGCACCAAAUGAAUUUUUCCAAAACAAGAGGACACAUGGAUGAGCAGGAGUCACAUUAAGCAGAUUCAUCCAGUUUUCCAAGAUUUUCUUCAGACCCCACAGAUGGCAUUACAUUUCUGUAAUCAUUUAAACACAGGACAUGUUUUUCAGCCAUUUCUUCUGCUGUUAGCUCAUUAUGUGCUAAAGGACAUGCCCUUGGAUGCUUGGAGAAAACUUACCUGUGCAAAGUGGAAUUACUUUUUUGGGGGGUUUUUUGGAGCUUGCUUGGAAUCCAAGAAUAUAAUGGACUAUAAUAGUUCUGAGUUGAUAUGCAAAAAUGACAGUACCAAUGAAUAAUCAGGAUAUAUCCAUUAUCAUACCACAAAAGCAACCAUAUGGUUUUUAAAAUGUCAUUGUUGAAUGGACCACACUACUGGUGCUAAAAAAAAAAUCUUUGUUAAUGAGAAGUUUGGAAUUGACAGUCCCAUUUUCAUCAAAUGCGCCACUUUACGUCUCUUUCUUAAUUCUGAUUGUAUGCAUAUCAGCCCUUUCAGAAAAAUAAAUGGUCCUUUUCAUAUUUUUACUAUGGUUUAAUGAUGGAUAACUGAACAGCAAAGUCGAGGUCCAUGACAGCUUGUUUCUAAAUGUCAGAAAUUGGAAGCAUGAAUGACCAGAUGCUGAAAUACAAUUAUAUUAAUUGUCGUAGCAGCCAAACGUCUUUUCGGAUGCUAAUAGCAUAAAUGUUUUAUAAUUCCAAUAUGCUAAGCUUGUCCUAUGAACAACACAUCAAUGCAUUAGUUAAGCAUGUUAUUACUGUCAACAGUAUACACUGCAGUCUCCAGCAAGAAGUAUGUUUUUAAAUUUCAUUUAGUUUUGGGCAUCAAUCACUUAAUAGUUUCAAAAUAGUGCCUCUGUCAAUUAAAGUUUGUCAAAAUUAAUCCUGCAAGUGAAAAGCCUUUGUCAUUUUUAGCUUUUAACUGCUGUUUUUCUAUGCAAAUGCUGUUUCUAAAAUGCAAAUACAAAUAUUUUUUCAGUA